AUAACACAGCCCAUCUCACCCUCACCCAGCCCAAGACUACCCACAAUGUCGCACUUACUUUUCAGAAGCGCGCCUUCGUUCCGCAGCGUGGCGAGACGCUCAGUCGCCCGCCAAUUUCAAGCCUCGUACCAUCGGCAAUCGUCACCGAAAAUGGCCUCUGGUGCAGCACCCAUCCGCACCUUACUCCGCCAAACGACGCUUCGUGCAAGUGCAAUAGCAGCACAGCGCACCUCAUACCCAGCCUCGCAGCAGUUUUCGCACCAAUCCUACAUACAAGACCGCUCACGGUCACCGUCUCCCCCACCUCCAUACCAGGCACGCAACACAUCUAUUCUCGCUGCGCCCAACCAAUGGACGCGCUUCAACACACCUUACAACACACUCUCUUCAGUCCGUACAUUUACCUCGUCACCACGCGCAAAACUCGCAUCGUCGACUUCACAAGCACCGUCCCCGUUGUCUCCAGAGUCACAACAAGCCGUCGACGAGGCAAUUGAGCAAAUACAGGAGUUGUAUGGUACAGCCAAGGAUGAGUUUGAGAUUGCGUCUGAAGAAAGUGAGAAGAAUACUACGUAUGCGCCUGAUGACCGGGCUGCUGCGCGGGAAGAACUGGAUCGGCUACUGGAAUACUACAAUGGUCUUGUUGAGGGAGAGGACAGAGCUGUUGCAGACGAAGUGAAGAGGAGGGUGGGGCAGAGAAUACGGGAGUUAGAGAAUGCCGUCUUGGCUAUGGAAGAGGCUGCUUUGCACGGGGAUUAGUUAUUCUGUCGUGGGAAGCUGUCUUGUAAGGUUACGAGGAGAAGCCGCUUGUGUACUUGGUACAUGGCUGUUACUAUUGCUUAGUGCAUUACUAAGGCAUGUCUAUACAACAGUGUGAAGGCGCAAUUCAGGUCAGUUCGGCAUGUAUCAUAGAUACCAACCACUCAGCAAAUUAAGAGCAAUGCACAUCAUCGUUCAACGUUACCGUUGACAAAA